AUGCCGCGCGGCUUUCUCGUCAAGCGCAGCCGGCGCCCCGGCGGCUCCUACCGGGCGCGCCCCCGGGAGCGGGACCCGCCGCCCGCCCCGCCGCCGCCGCCCGCCGCCUCCGAAGGCGGCCCCGCCGCUCGGCCGGGGGCGGAGGAGGAGGAGGAGGGCGAGGAGGAGGGGGGCGCCGCCGCCGCCCGCCCCGCGCCCGCCGCCGCGACGUGGACCGCGGGCGGCGGGGGUGCCGGGGGCGCCGGGCUCGGUCAUCCGGAGGGGCCGUGCGGCGGCUGGGGGCCGUGCGGCGCGGCGGGGCCGCGGGCGGCGUUCUUCGAGCGGUGCCUGAGCUCCCCCGCCUCCGCCGAGUCCUUCCCGCUGGCCGCCGCCUUCCCGCCGGCCGAGAAGCUGCCUCCGCCGCCCCGCACGCCGCUGCCCGCGCCCCCGCCGCCGCCCGUCCCCGCGCUGAAGCGGCCGUCGCGGGCCAAGGCGCCCGCCAAGAGGGCGAAGGCAGCGCGGAAGCUGAGCUUCGCCGACGAGGUGACCACCUCGCCCGUGCUGGGGCUGCGCAUCAAGGAGGAGGGCCCCGAGGGGCGGCCGGGCGCGGAGCCGCCGGGGGGCCGCACGCCGCUGGGCGAGUUCAUCUGCCAGCUGUGCAAGGAGCGCUACGCCGACCCGCUGGCGCUGGCCCAGCACCGCUGCUCCCGCAUCGUGCGCGUCGAGUACCGCUGCCCCGAGUGCCACAAGAUCUUCAGCUGCCCCGCCAACCUGGCCUCGCACCGCCGCUGGCACAAGCCGCGGCCGCCCGCGCCGCCCGCGCCGCCCCGUCAGCACCUCGGCGGCGCGGACAGCGGCGCCGCGGCCCCCGGCGCGGAGGCGUUCGCGUGCCCGUGCUGCCAGAAGCGGUUCCGGCGGCAGGCCUACCUCCGCAAGCACCUGGGCACGCACGGCGCCCCGCGGCCCGCCCCCCUCGGGCCGCCCGAGCGCGGGCAGCUCUCCUUCGGCUGCCACCUGUGCGGCGCCCGCUUCCCCUCGGCGGACAUCAGGGACAAGCACCGGCUGUGGCACGCCGUGCGGGACGAGCUGCUGCUGCCGCCGCCGCCGCCGCCCGGGCGGCCCGAGGGCGGCGGGGCGGCGGGCGGCGAGCGGCAGGGCUUCCCCUGCAAGCAGUGCCCCGCCACCUUCUUCAGCGCGCCCGGGCUGGCGCGGCACGCCAGCAAGUGCCACCCGGCGGAAGGCAGGCAGGUCCUGCUGCUCCAGGUGCCCGUCCGCCCGGGCUGCUAG